CUGGGGCUAAGAUGGAAGGGGUGAUGGGACUGCCGGGCAGUACGCCGGCCGCGCUGGACAGCCACAGAUGAGGGCGGCACCACAAGGGGCCGGAAAAGAAGCGGUAGGAGCCGCAACAACAGGGGAACUAACAGGAGCCGGGGCACGCACAGCAGCAGCGGCCCCGAGCUAAGCUAAGCUAAGAUACGGGGGAUAAGGGAGGCAUCAGCCAGCACCUGCUCCCGAAAACCGUCCCAAAACUGCUCGUCAGCCAUCACAGGGGAUGUUCUCACCUCAAGAUGCUGGUGAACAAGAGAGGGAAUAUCCCUGUCCCAUAUACCCUAUGGGCGUUCCUACAAACCCCUCCCCAUGAAACUCCUAGAGUGGGAGGGUUAACUUGUUGCACCCAGUGCUUAACCCUUGCGUCCCUGGCAGUCAGGGUUACCUAUGCGGCUAGGUAACCUACAUGUACCUCCCUGCUCUUCAUUUCUGUAUCCCCCUGUACAUUUAUGUGCGCAUUAUGUUGGCAUGAAUAAAGCCUGAAGAAAGAACUUUACUGGGAGAAGAUAAGAACAAUAUUAAAGCUCCAGAGAGAGAUGUGAGCGGUGAUGAGCAGUAUAAGGAGGACAUUCCUACUGAGAAAGAUCUGGACUAUAUUAAUGCUACAGACAUGAAGGAAGAAGAGACAGAUGUGAGCAGUGAUGAGCAGUAUAAGGAGGACGUUCCUACUGAGAAAGAUCUGAACUAUAUUAAUGCUACAGACAUAAAGGAAGAAGAAGAGACAGAUGUGAGCGGUGAUGAGCAGUAUAAGGAGGACAUUCCUAAAGAUUCUUGUAGCAGGAGAUCAGAGGAGAAUCUUAUAUCUUCAGAUUAUAAAGCAGAUGAUGAUAUCACACAAGAUACAUAUGAAGAACAUUCCAUUAUCCCAGAUACACCCUCAGCCCUUCACAGCCAAGGUCUGAUCCUUAUAUACAGAUCUGAUCCUUAUAUACAGGUCCUAUCUUCUCAUUCAUCACAGGAUGUUCUGGAAAAAAAAAGGAAGAAUCAAUAUUUAUGUUUAGAAUGUGGGAAAUGUUUUACUACGAAAUCAAAUCUUCUUCAACAUCAAAGAAUUCAUACAGGAGAGAAGCCAUUUUCAUGUGCAGAAUGUGGGAAAUGUUUUACUAAGAAAAUAAAUCUUGUUAAUCAUCAAAGAACUCACACAGGGGAGAAGCCAUUUUCAUGUUCAGAAUGUGGGAAAUAUUUUAAUGACAAAUCAAAUCUUAUUCAACAUCAAAGAAUUCAUACAGGAGAGAAGCCAUUUUUAUGUUCAGAAUGUGGAAAAUGUUUCACUCAUCAGCGAAGCCUUAAAAGACAUCUAAGAAUGCACACAGGGGAGAAGCCAUUUUCAUGUUCAGAAUGUGAGAAAUGCUUUACUAAUCAGCCAAGCCUUAAAAAUCAUCUAAGAAUUCACACAGGGGAGAAGCCUUUUUCAUGUUCAGAAUGUGGGAAAUGUUUUACUCAGAAAUCAGGUCUUGUUCUUCAUCAAAGAACUCACACAGGGGAGGAGCCAUAUUCAUGCUCAGUAUGUAGAAAAUGUUUUUCUCUUAAGUCAAGUUUUAAUAGACAUCUAAGUGAACACUUAGAAGGUGUGCUCAUGCCGUGUUCAUGUCCAGAAUGUGGGAAAUGUUUUACUGGGAAAUUAACACUUAUGACACAUCUAAGAAGUCACAGAGUAGAGAGCAAUAAAUGAUGCAGAUAACGCAUCUAUAUAUUCACCAUGUACAUAGGAUAUCUGACAUUUAUACAUAUAUCAUAUACUGCAUCUCCAAUUGUUAAUAAAAGUUUUUCUUUUAGAACGUAGUCACCGAUCCAGCGAUGUCAUCACUAUAAUUUACAUGGUAGGAAAAGAGUCUGAGUUGUGAUUAGAGAUGAGCGAGGCGAACCCGGAUUCAACCCGAACUUUUGGAUUUUAGUUUUUUGGUGGGCGGGCAGGGGGUGGUGAAAUGACAUAGGGAAUGCAGCAGAUCACAUGAUAACCCAGGUCUAUCAUGUGAUUUGCUGCUUACUGUGUCAAUCAGCACAAAGGCCAAUAGUAAACUAACACAACUCCUCAUGAACAACAGAUCCUGCACAAAAACUAAACAAUAGCUGUCCCUAUUACUGCGUCUCCUUCUCGCUGCAGCAGCACCAUCGCUCUGAACUCUGUGGGUGAUGUCACUGGCCUUUUAUCUGUGUCCUAUUGGCCUUUGUAUACACACACAAGGUAAAGGCGUUUUAGGAAUCCAAAAUUACUUUAUUGAUACAUAAUGUUAAAAGACAAACAAACACUCCCUGGAACCCAGGGGUGCGAAGAGAUGACCAACAUGAAACUGAAGAAAGGUGAGGGCUCACAUCAUAACUGUUGAAUAGUGAUAGACUAACACAUGUAUGCAAGUGCAGUCAAACGACUAAUAUAAAUACGUAUAAUGGACAAAAAAGUAAACAGCAUAAAGUGCCAAAUUAAUAGUUACCAAGUGGUUAAAGAGAUAGUGA